AGCGAUAAACAACAACGGACGAUCGACGACGACGCAACUAGAACUGGAUACACCGGCAGAGAGAAGACUGGUUAAAGUGGACACAGUUAGUUGGUGACUUUUCAACCAUCCGGAAGGUAGUUAUAGAACAAGUGUGUGGAUAUGACAAAAAGUAUCUAUGAGAUACUUUUUAAAGUGAUCUUGCAUAAAAGUGAUCGCUAAUUUUUUUUUCUAUUUUUUGAAUCAACAAGUAUUUUUUGAUCGGAAAAAAUGUCAUAUUUUGAAAUAGUUAUAAGUGAAAGAACACGAUUGUGAUAUCUACCUACAAUUAUUCGUUAAUUGAUAAAACAGAAAAACAGCUGUUUAAAUGAGUUAUCUGAUAAAGACAUAAAAAUACAAAACAAAAGAGAAUUUUAUAUUGUAUAACGAUGUCAACAGCAACUGGUAUUGAUGAUGCUCAAGUUAAUGUCGAAGACCUGCCAAUGGAAUUCAAGGUGAAAUAUGUCGGCUGUGAAGUAUCUCGAGGUCUAUGGGGCAUCAAAUACACCCGACGACCGGUCGAUAUCAUGGUCGGAGUAGCCAAGAAUCUGCCCCCAAACAAAGUACUUCCACAUUGUAAUUUAAAAGUAUCUACAUCCGGUGUUAAUGUGGACAUCAUUGCACCAAAGGCCAGCAUAAAUAAUUGGAACUAUCCCAUAGAUACAAUCUCUUAUGGUGUUCAAGAUCUCGUCUACACAAGAAUUUUUGCUAUGAUUGUUGUAAAAGAUAGUAAUUCACCACAUCCAUUUGAGGUGCAUGCUUUUGUUUGUGAUAAUCGAGCGACAGCAAGGAAAUUAACAUUUGCUCUUGCUGCAGCAUUUCAAGACUAUUCGAGACGUGUUAAGGAGACUGGUGAAGGACACACAGAUAAUAUUACUCCGACGAGACAAAAGUUUGCAAUUGAUUUGCGAUCACCUGAAGAAUUACAGGAAAAUUUAGAUGAAGAAACUGAAGCUUAAAGGGGGGAAGCUUAAGGGGGAAACUAUGGUUGUUAAUAUUAACUGUAAAUAUUUAACUUUUUUUUAUUUUUAUUUAAAGAAAAAAAAAUGUAAGAAAAAUUUUGUAUAUUUCAUUUGACAUACAGCAGAAAGUUCCAAAAAAACCUUAAUGUUAGAGUAUUAGUAGGUAUCACAUAAUUUGUAUUUAUUUAUGUUAACUUAGUUAAAAAAAAAAAACUUUUG